UGUCCGUCAUUUAUUCCUCCUCUGCACAACUCCUCUAGUCCUCUACUUACUCUACGGUACUCUACCUCCCGCGUAUUUAUCAAGAUGCGGCCCUCGAUUGUGGUUAGGAGCGAGAUGCCCGGUCCUAAGACCUACAACCCCUGGUGGGGCGACCUGAGCGGGAUCCAGCGGCAGAAGGGCAUCACGCAGUACUCGCUGUCGCCGUUCAAGCAGCGCGCGGCGAAGCACCUUAUCCAGAACUACAUCUUCAACGGGUACAGGCGGCUCGCGGAGCAGGUGCCGUACUGGAUUGUGCCGUUUGCCAUUGGCUACGGGACGUACACGUGGGCGAAGCGGUACGACGAGUGGCUGAACAGCAAGGCGGGGCAUCUGGCGACUGGCGGCGGAGGCCACUGAGUGUUGCUGCUAUAUGCUAUUUUUCGUGGAUAGAUGGACGCUAAUAGAAGCUUCCUGUUUGUCUUGUCUUGUAAUGCGAAUUCGCUCAUCGGCUAUUUGCGUACGGACCGGGACAUGUUAUGCACUGCAAGAGUGCGGGCGUAUUGGCGGAGACGUAGGAUGUAUAUAGAGUUGCAUCGCACGCUCGGCAAGAGCAAUGGCUACGGGCCAAGCGAUGGGCGUAUACCCGA